UGACGUCACUUGGUUAAGGGUCACAAACAUGGCGCUGCUCUUGUAGAGGGUUGUGUCUUUCGGGUUUGGCUUGUAGGCUCGUAUACUACGUGAUAAAAUAAUCGGGUUUUUGCAACAGUGGCCUUUGUUGACACUAUGUCAAUUUAAUAUCGAUGAAAUCUCAAAAAAAUGUGAAUAAUUGUAUUUAAUCAAACAUAGCGGUGAGUUAGUUAGCUGACUUUGGCUAAUGCUAAAGGCGUAUGGGCGUUUGCAGAAUCAGUGACGUCAUUGUUACCUUUUGUUUACGGUUUGGUGACAUGCUUUUGGUUUUAAACACUCAGCCAAUCACAGUGUAGAAGGCGGGAUCUUUGUGUCUUAGCUGUCAUGUCAGGGAGAAACGUCUGGGCCAGUAGCCGGGAGAGGAUGAGGAGAUUCCCUGAGCUGUUUGCCCGGUGCUCAGCAGAGGCAGCUGCUUAUGGUAAAUGUGUGGUUUCCACUACAACAGGAAAACAGGAGCUGAAGAAAGAUUUGUGCCUGAAAGAGUUUGAAGCUCUGAAGACCUGCUUCAUCAACGCUGCAAAUCAGCGGAUCAAGUAGAGAAAGAAUUCAAUUCAUGUGACUUUUGAUUCAUGACUUGGUGCUGAGCCAUUCGUUCACUCGUCUUCAGGACGUGGUUUAUCCUGCUCAAGCUCGUGGUGGAUUCGGAGCCUUUCAAGAAACACCGGUUUCGAGGCUGAAAUAGACGCUGGGUGGGACAAUGAGGCGCAUACGUUCAAAUGUAGAGGCAAUUUAGCAAAGCCAAUCCAGCUAACAGCAUGUUUUUUCAAAAGUGGAAGAAGACCCGGAGGAUCACACAUAGACACAGAAACACCACACAGACAAUAACAACUUGUGCUUUGGAACAAACUGCCACCAUGCUGUUAAAAUGUUUGUUUUUUAAUUUCUAACCACCAUCAUAUAUUAUGUACUUUUUAUUUGAACAAUAUAUGAACAUAUUUUGGUGCAUGAAAAUAAAUGAUCUAUCUAUGCCCCUGGUUUCAGUGGGGAAAUUUUU